UGCGCACACGCUGCUGUAAACAGAGAUGGCGCUGCGCGGCGGAGCUUCGCGUCUGAACUCCUUGUUUACCAGCCGUCGUUUCUACAAAUUCACGCCACGUAUCGGCGUCCGCGGGUUGUCCGAAAAUGUGACAUCUAAACCCGCAGCGGCCAGUGGCCCCGAGACCGCGGCUGACCAUUUAAUCUACACACAAGAGCACUUUGCAUUGAAGGAGUCUCUCAGAAAGAUCAUCGACCAGGAGAUCAACCCCCACGUGGAUGAGUGGGAGGCACAAGGAACGUUUCCAGCUCAUAGAAUCUUCAAACUUUUAGGGAGCGCCGGAUUCCUAGGAGUCAACAAACCCGUGGAGUAUGGAGGCAUGGGGCUGGACUUCAGCUACAGUGUGGCCGUGGCGGAGGAGCUGGGCAACGUCCGCUGUGGAGGCGUCCCCAUGGCCAUCGGGGUGCAGUGCGACAUGGCUACUCCUGCACUGGCCAGGUUUGGUUCAGCUGAGCUCAAGGACGAGUUCCUCCUUCCCACCAUCAUGGGAGACAAAGUGGCCUGCCUCGGAGUCAGCGAAGUUGGAGCUGGCUCUGAUGUCUCGAGCAUUAUGACCAAGGCCGUGAGGAAAGGGGACGAGUAUGUGAUCAAUGGUGGAAAGAUGUGGACCACCAACGGUACCCAGGCUGACUGGAUGUGUCUCCUUGCCAACACCAGUGACGGGCCUCCGCACAAGAACAAAUCCCUCAUCUGUUUGCCCAUGAACCUGCCAGGAGUGCACGUUGCCCGUAAGAUUGAUAAACUGGGCAUGUGGUCCUCAGACACAGCUGAAGUGUUUUUCGAUGAUGUGCGUGUGCCCUGUGAGAACGUCAUUGGUCAGGAAGGCAUGGGCUUCACUUACCAGAUGCUUCAGUUCCAGGAAGAGAGGCUUUGGGCAGUGGCCAAUGUCUUGACCACGAUGGACAACAUCAUCCAGGAGACUAUCCAGUACACGCGGCAGAGGAAGAUCUUCAAGCAGCCUGUUCUCUACCACCAGGCAGUUCACUUCAGGCUUGCCGAGCUGCAGACAGAGGUUGAGCUACUCCGAUCCCUCCUUUACCGUGCUACUGCAUUGUACAUUAAAGGCAAUGAUGUCACCAAGCUGGCGUCCAUGGCCAAACUAAAGGCUGGCCGCCUAGCCAGAGAGUUGAGUGACAGCUGUCUUCAGUACUGGGGAGGGAUGGGCUUUACCAGUGAUGUGCAAGUCAGUAGAUUUUACAGGGAUUCACGGUUAUUGUCAAUUGGUGCAGGAGCUGAUGAGGUUAUGCUGGGGAUCAUCAGUAAGUACAUGGACAUGGUACCAAAAAAGUGAUUACCACCUGACCCUGGGACAAUCAGCGUGUCAAUGAAUCUGAUACUAAUCACCUAAAUGCAGUACUGACGGCUUAAAAAUGUUUCACGUUUAAGGAAGCUGUUUUGUCUAUUUUGCCUUUGCUCAAACAUUCAGAAGGAUGCUGCGUUUGUUUUCAUGACUUUCUAAAUGUGACUUUAAAUGAACUGUAAUUUGUACUGUGCUCAUUUGAAUGCUGAUAGUCAAAGACUAAACUAUUUUUAGAACAGACUAAAUAAUGUGAAUAAAACAAUGUUAUGUAAUAUAUCUAAUAA